UGCGCUGUCAAGUAGUUAAAUUUACUUCAACAGCUGAUACAAGCAAACAAACAAGGGAAAACUAGUACAAGUCUGAUUUCAUUUAAUUAAACUAACCUUUAUAGAACACACAAUUUUUGAGCCAACAAUGGAGCCUCUACAGAUCAAUAGUGGUGAAGAUUAUGUGAAAGUCAAUAUAUCGAACUCCAAGAAUGAUAGCAUUGCAUUGGAUUUGAAAUUUGCAAAAAGUCUGACCGUGGGCCAAUUGAAGUGUAAAUUGGAAAUAAUUACCGGCGGCAAUGCGGCCACCAUGCAAUUGGAGUUGUAUAAUGGCGACCGGCUGGUUACAAAACUCCAAGACGACGCCAUCCUAGUGGGUGCGUUGCCCAUAGAAACGGGUAUGCGCAUACAUGUAAUUGAUAAUUUCAAUUGGAUAGUGGAUGUGGAGAAAUUCGAGCUAACCGAUGAGCAAUAUGAGACCAAACAGGAUACCGUAAGAAAUUUUCUCAAAAAGAAUCGUAUGGGCAAGUACAAUGAAGAAGAGGCACGACAGAAGGAGGAAAAAUUACAAAAACAAAAACAGCUGGAACAAGAACGUGCAGAGUUGUGUCACAUAGGGGGACGCUGUCAGGUAACAGUGCCCGGCAAUCCCGUGCGACGAGGUACUGUAAGAUAUAAUGGCCAAAUCGAGGGCAAGAAAGGUAUAUUUAUUGGAGUUGAGUAUGAUGAACCACUGGGCAAAAAUAAUGGCAGCGUGGAUGGCAAGUGCUACUUCAGUUGUGCGCCAAAUUACGGCGGUUUUGUGCCACCAACUGCGGUAGAGGUUGGCGAUUUUCCACCAGAGGAUACUGGACUCGAAGAGGAUGAGAUUUAAUUGUAGGAAGGAGCGAAAUAAUUGAGCCUAUCAUCUAAAGUAUAUACACUUUGCAUUUGUGAUUGAUUUUAUUUACAAUUUAGUUGUAAAACCACAUACAUACAUAUAUACGCAAAUAUUUUAUAAUAUU